AUGCUUAAAGUCGCUCCGCAAGAUGGAGAUGCGUCCUAUUUGGUGCCCUCACUGUACUUGGAAAAAGUGCUCGAAACCGAGGACGCUUCUUCUCUCUCUCACCUCGCUCAUGUGCUAGGAAAAUUAGACUGCUCAUCCAUAGUUGAUGAGCACGGCGCAUUGCCCGACGGAGACAGCGAGACAGAUGCUUUCACUCAAAUAUCGCCCGAGCUUUUCCACCAAGUUGUGGCUAUUUUCGGCCUCCAUGGGGAUCCCGUGAUCCGGAACACCGUGGUACAAGAUGAUGGGACUGCAGUCUUGGAAAGAAACCCGCCGUUUUUCGUGGUGCAUUCACUCAACGAAUCAUCGCAUCAGCCUAGGUAUCAAGGCACAUUGGAUGGCUCCAACCACCAAUAUCAGUGCUCAUUCUCAUUAUCGCAGUGCAAAACAUUUUACCACUUGGUGGACGCCAUAAAAACGUGCAUGUUCAAAGCAAAGGACAUCGAGAUCAGGGUGUGGUUUGUAAACUCCGAGAACGCGGAGCAAUUGCCACCAGCCAUUCCUGUUUCCAUGUUUAUCACUGAUGUUGACGACAAAAAAAUCAUUGGUCCUAUGAUUAUGGAACAAACCUUGAGAACCCAGGGUGUCACAUCUUCCAGAUAUCAUCUUGUCGCUGAACGUGUUAAUAAAUCGACGCGCAGAUACCCAGUAGAUCUGGCUAUUGCCAAUUACGACCCUUCCUGUCUUUACCCCUCCAUCAUUCUUAAGUCUGGUGGCAACUUGGGCUUGAGCAAUCUUGGUAACACGUGCUACAUGAACUCGGCCUUGCAAUGCCUUGUGCACCUCCCAGAAGUCAACUUUUAUUUCUUCUUUGACUUGUACAAGCAAGAGUUAAAUACCACCAAUCCCUUGGGAAAUAAGGGAGAAGUGGCAUCGACAUUCUCCAACUUGUUGCACAAACUUUUCGACGUACAAAGCUCCAACAAUUCCCAUGUCACACCCAGAGAGUUCAAGUAUACUAUCGGCAGACAUUCCUCUAUGUUUCAUGGUUAUCAGCAGCAAGAUUCACAAGAAUUCCUAAGUUGGCUUUUGGAUGCUCUCCACGAGGACCUCAAUCGCAUCUACGACAAGCCUUAUCUUGAAAAGCCUGAGCUCAAAGAUGAGGAUGUCGGCGACUCUGCAGCCAUUAUGGAACUUGCAAAUACUUGUUGGGCUCAACACAAGCAAAGAAAUGACUCAGUUAUUGUUGAUUUGUUUACCGGGCUAUAUCAGUCCACACUUGUUUGUCCAGAUUGCUCGAAGCAAUCUAUCACUUUCGAUCCUUUCAACGAUUUGACUCUCCCUUUACCCGUGAACAAGAAGUGGUAUCAUGUCUUCACAAUUGUUGAUCUUUCAAACGCACUGCAGAAUGCUGCUAUUCGGGAGCUAGAAGUUGAGCUCACGAAAUCCUCAAAUUUUCAAGAUUUGGUGACUUACCUCAGUGAUUUUCUACAGGUUCCAGUUCAGCAGUUGUUCUUGUUUGAAGUAUUUCGUAACUACUUCUACAAAAACUUUCAAGAUGAAAGCGCCACAGACACAUUUUUGCCGGUCAGUGAACUAAUCAGCGAAGACGACAUCAUCAUCGUUUACAUUAUUCCGCAUGAUCCAUCUAAAGAUAUAAUAGUUCCACUUGUAAAUGUUGUUGGUGAUGAGGAUAAGUCUUAUAGCAUCUGCGAACCUUUUGGUAUACCGUUGUUUGUUGUUAUUGAUCAAAAUUCCGAUGCAACCAGUUUUGGCACCAUAAGAAGAAAGGUUGAGCAGGCGGUCAAGAUUCUUUCCAAUUCGGAUAUUGAAACCAGAUUCGAAGAUAUGAAAGGUGAUACCAAAAAAGAGUUUUAUUCGGCCGAAGACUUCCCCCUCUUGACAAACCUGACGUCGUACGAUGACGAGUCAAUGGUGGAUGUCAAUGCAGGUGUUCAAAACUCAGAUUCGAAUGGAUAUGACUCUGAUGUAUCUCUAGCUAACCCCAACAUCAGUGCAUCACUUGGGUUCGAAAUGAAGAUCUUCGAAGAGAAGCCACAGGCCAAAUCUCUGUGGAGAAUUCCGAGAGGAAGACCCCAAUUUGCGAAUUUACCAUCAUUGGCCGAAAACCUCAAUGAAAUGAAACGAAAGUACUAUCAUUACCCAGAAUACGUGGAACAAACAAGAUCUAAAGAAAAAACCCAUGGCCCCGUAAAAAUACAGUCACGUGAUGACGAUGCUUCCAUUCUGAUCAUGCCCGAAUCUCCUCUUUCUUCAGAAACGGAAAGACACAGUUUUGUCUUAGUAGAUGGUGAAACAGGAGUUUCUACGGGCUCGAGUAUAUUGAAUGACGAAGAUAUUGAAAGUGAUACGAACUAUGAUCAGGUGAAUUCUCUUUUUGCAUCUGUCGAUAACUUCGGGGGUCCGCCCAAGCCCUCAAAUGACAACGAUUCAGUUGCAAUUGAUACACCAGGUUCCAUCGAUCAGCUUGUGACCAGUGACAACAUCAAUCGGCCUACAUUGAUUACACAGAAUAGUAUGCUCGUAAUUGAGUGGGAUUCUCUGAUUUACGGGCAAUUCUUUCAUGAGCCAAAGCACCAAGCUUGGAAACAGCCACCCCCAAUACCAAACCCAAAACUCGAAGAGAGUAAGCGUCUAUUAAACAAACAGCAAAGCACAAAAAUCUCCCUUUAUGAUUGUUUUAAAAACUUCAGUACACCUGAAGUUCUCGGUGAACAAGAUUUAUGGUACUGUCCUCGCUGUAAGGAUCAUAAGCGUGCCACAAAAACCAUUCAGCUCUGGUCCACUGGUGACUUGUUAACUAUUCAUUUAAAAAGGUUCCAAAGUGCUCGACACUUCAGCGAUAAAAUUGACAUGGUAGUUGACUUCCCCAUAGAAGGUUUGGAUAUGAGUGAGUUUGUAAGUUCAAACUCACUGAAACAGGAACCCUUAAUAUAUGAUUUGGUGGCCGUUGAUGAGCACUACGGGGGCUUGGGUGGGGGUCAUUACACGGCUUCUGCAAAAAACUUCAGGGAUGGAAAGUGGUAUAAAUUCAACGAUAGCAGGGUUACCGCCAUUGAAGAUCCACAGGAUUGCGUAACGGGUGCAGCCUAUUUGCUCUUUUACAAAAAAAGAACAUCAUCAUCAUUUGCAGGUGGCGAUGGAAUUGAAAACCUUUUGAAAACUGGGAAAAAUGAUUUUGAAGCUAGAAUUGAUAGGCUCAGAAAUCACCUGAAACAAAUCAUCGAUGAAAUCGAGUCCUUCAACCAACAAGGGCAAAUAGCCCGACAAAUCGACAAAUUAAACGACGAAGGAGAUAUAUCUGCAAGUGAUUGGAGCAAGAAAGAAGAUGGCGACGACAAAAUUGACGAUGGAGUGUCAGAGGAUGAGGAAGAGGAGGAUUUGUAUGCCGAUAGUGGUCUAAACCGAAUACCAACUGUCUCGAACAUAGGGUGUCUGAAUUCCCACAAGAAAUCGAGAUCACCAGUGGCUGAACAACUGAUGAAAUUUGAAUUUGAGAAUCAGCGCAAACAACGACUUAUCUCCAAGGGCUCUGACCUGCCGCGCUCUGUGAACAUCAAUAUGGGAUACUCGUCGUCCAUAUCCAACUUGGCAUCACCCGAUGUCUCUACCGAUGACGACAGCAUAUAG